AACCAUCAAAACUGUCCUCAAGUCAUCUGUCCCGUUACUGCUCAUUGUUAACAUAACGUCUUCCAUUCAAUUGCCGCUAAAGUCAAGAACAAAAAAAAAAAUUUUUGUUUCAUGUCGUUGCCGCACCCAACUCAAUCAUCUUUUACGCUCAACGCAGACUCCCCUGAGUUUAUUCCUGAAUGCUUUAACCCAUCAACCGUACAAGAGUCGUCAUCCUGUCUAUUGGACUAUUCAAACACUUUUAUUAAAAAUGAAACCAAUGAGCAACCAUCCCAACAGCAGAAUGUUGACCAAGAAGAUAAGUUCAAUGUCGUAUCACCUUGUUCCUUAAAAUUGACACAAACAAAUCAUUCUCCUGAUUCAAGUAAAACCGAUAACCUAAAACAUCACAUGGUUCAACUCGUUGGCCUCGAUGAGAAUGCGCAAGCUGAAGAUGGUAAUGACUCGGAUUGGGAUGCCCCCAAAAGUCCUGAAAAGCUUAUUCCAACCGUAUGCAAAAAAAAAGAAACUGAAGACUUAUUAGGAAAAAAUGAAGAGGUGGCGGCAAAAUCGUCAAGCACCUUUAAGGAACCUGAUACUAGACCGCAUUUAAAUGUUGUUUUUAUUGGGCACGUGGACGCUGGCAAAUCCACCACAUGUGGAAACAUUUUAGUACAAACUGGAGAGGUCGAUGCUCGAAUGCUAGAAAAAUAUGAGAGGGAAGCUAAAGAAAAAAAUCGUGAUACAUGGUACUAUGCAUUUAUUGUCGAUAUAAAUGAAGAAGAACGACAAAAAGGAAAAACGGUUGAAGUGGGGAGAGCGUCUUUUGAGUUGGAAAAGACUCGUUUUACCAUACUAGACGCCCCAGGUCAUAAGAAUUUCGUGCCAAACAUGAUCAGCGGGGCGGCACAAGCAGAUGUUGCCGUUUUGAUUAUUUCAGCUCGAAAAGGCGAAUUUGAGACUGGCUUUGAAAAAGGGGGUCAAACUCGGGAGCAUGCAAUGUUAGCCAAAACCUUAGGAGUUUGUCAACUUAUCGUAGCUAUUAAUAAGAUGGAUGAUCCUACUUGUAAUUGGAGUGAAGAAAGAUAUCGUGAAAUCGAAAAAAAACUAACACCUUAUUUGAAAAGUUGUGGGUAUAAUCCAGCUAAAGAUAUCAAAUUUUUGCCAAUUUCGGGAUUAUCGGGGGAAAAUCUUAAACUUCACGUUUCACACCCUAGUUUCGCUUCAAGAAAUAACGCAUCUUGGUAUCCCACAACAUCACCUACACUCUUCACUCUAUUGGAUAACAUAAAACUUCCUGAACGUAAUCCUAAAGGACAUCUUCGCAUUCCGUUACUAGAAGGAUUUCGCGAUCAAGGUGUUUCCGUUAUAGGGAAAGUUGAGUCAGGAACCGUAGUUGCUUCUCAAAAUGCUUUACUUUUACCCAAAAAAAUUAAAGUCAAAGUCGUCACCGUAACCAUUCGCGAUCAAGAUGUUGCCUAUGCGAAACCUGGAGAAAAUGUUCUUCUACAUAUCACAGGGGUUGAAGAAGACCAAUUGAGUAAAGGGCUCGUUCUUUGUUCACUUGAUCAUCCUUGUCCUUGUGUAACGCGUUUUAAAGCGCACAUAAUGGUAGUCGAGUUACUAAAGCAUCGUCCGUUAUUGACAGCGGGGUAUAGUUGCGUUUUUCACGCACACACUUCGCUGGAAGAUUGUCAAAUUGUUACCUUAAUUGAGUAUGUCGAAAAAUCAACAAAGAAAAAAAUACUUAACCCCGCUUUUGUCAAAGGCAAUUCUAUUGUUAUCUGCGAACUUCAACUUAACUCGCCAGUUUGUUUGGAAACUUUUGAAACACUACCUCAAUUAGGAAGGUUUACACUUCGAGACGAAGGGAGAACGAUUGCUAUUGGUAAAGUGCUAGAAAUUCUCACUUAGGGUUUUUUAACAAAACGAAAAUUAGCUACAAGAAAAAAAAUAAAACAUGUUCAUUCAUUCCUAUAUUUUUUUAAUUCUUUUAUUUGUAUGUGUUGAGUUUAGAUUUUUAAAUAAAAAAUAAAAACAAUUAGAUCUUAUUUUGAA